AUGCGCUUCUCUACACUUUCUAUCUUGGCUCUCCCGCUCCUUGCGGCUGCUGCGCAAGAAGAUACCCCACUCGAGCAGGCCAAAGCUCAAGCUCAGUACUGGUUCGACAAGGUCUCAUCCUACAUUCCCAACCCGAAUAAGGCGCAUACCCCUCAUGCUGCCACUGCCAAAGCUGGAGGUAAGACUCUCAAGGUAUUGUCUCUCCACGACUGGGAGCACACAAUUCGAUCAAGCGUUACGCCCGCAAGCACCACCCCCGAAGAAUGGUGGAUUCUCGUUACUGGAGGAAACAAGACCUGCUUCGGCCACUGCACUGGUGUAGAGACUGCUUUCAACGAAACUGCAGCUCUCUGGUCUGUCAACCCAACUACUCCGCAACUCGGAUACCUCAACUGCGAUGACCAGCCAGUCCUCUGCAACUCGUGGGCUGCCGGUCCACCAUCUCUCUGGAUCGUAGAGGUCUCAGCACCACCUGCGCCCGUCGACGUUCGCGUUAAGUCGUUGAACGCUACCGCCACUACCGUGCAGACCUUCACGGAUCUUCACUCCACCAAGGAGUGGAAGUCGAAGCCUCUUUACGAGGGUUACUUCCACCCAUUCGACGGUCUCUUCGCCCAGUACGGCCUCGCUGUGCCUCUCGGUUACCUUUUCUGGGGUUUCGCUUUUAUUCCCAGCUGGAUGUUCAUGAUUGGUAUUUCUUUCAUUAGCAGAACCUUCAUGAGCAACAGAUCCGCUGGUCCUAACCCAAGAGCUGCAGGUGCUGCACCAGCUGCUGCUCCCGCUAGAUAA